AGUAUGCACGUUUGUUUACACUUCAAAGGAACACAUGCAAUUAUAAAAUCCUGAUUCUUAUCGAAACUAUGUCGAAACUUACAAACUUCUUGUAAAGCGGAAAUUCCCACUUACAGAGAUGGAGGAGGAUCUUAGGGUAGAUAUAAAGCUUACUUCCACCCUCACAAACACAUUCAACGAAGACUCUCACAAGAGAAGCAACGAUUUAACCAACUCAGUCACUCCAGACAGCAACUCAACUAAACGACUGAACGAUGGCGCUCCAUGGACGCUAUAUUUUGCCUUCGGAUGCACUGGAGACAGACCUAAUUUACCCUGACAGUGCUGGCUUUGAUGAACCGGACUGCCCAGAUCAACUAUGCAUGAUGUGCCAAUGUGACAUGCAUAAAGACAUCAAACUGGAACUGUCGCCGCAUCCUCACAGCAUGAGGAAGGUGGUGAACAUCGUCAUCGCUGUGGAAAAGUUGAAGCACAUCAAAAAAAUGUCUUCUGGCAAGUUUUGUGAAGAUGCACUGCUCAACUUCAUCUUGGAGAAUGUGAUCGAAGAGCGUUUAGUGAAGCCGCUUAAUGCGACACAGACUUACUGUAAGACCAGCCGGACCCUGCUGUGCACCGUUUGCGAUAAGUACAAAAAGACUCUGGUGCAGAGCAACAAACCAACCAACGAAGAUCUUCAUUUGAAGGCUGUGACGCUGAGUGCAGGAAACAUUCAAUACAAAGUUCAAUUCAGCAUGUCGCCGUACGUAUCGAGUGACCCACAAAAUAACGGCCAGCCUGUGUGCCUGGGGAUCUCCAACAGCAACCUCUACAUUGCUUGUACCCAGUCUGGUGGUUCUCCUCCCGUCCUGCUCUUGAAGGAGGUCAGUGGCCCUCUGAACACCAUCACAGCCGGUGACCCGAACGGGUACGACAGCCUCCUCUUCUUCAAAAGAGAGACGGGCACGGAUUACAACACUUUUGAAUCUGUUAAAUAUCCUGGAUGGUUUAUUAGCACAGCUUUUGAUGACUGGAAGAGGGUGGAAAUGUCCCAGGUGCCAACUGACCGAACUACAGACUUCACACUUGAAGAUUAACAAUAAAUCCUGAGUUAAGAAUCAGAUCUGAUCCAUAAACGCAUUUCCAGUAUGUACAAUGUACAGUUUAUAAUCUGGAUUUAUUCAAACAUGUUACAAACCUGUAUGAGUUUAUGUAUCUGUCUGGGUUUUUUUUUUUUCACAAUUAUGUGUAAGGUUUGUGUUGGGAACAUUUGAGUGUGAACAUUUGCCUAUGUGCUUAAUUUAAUUUUUAAAUUAUUAAAUAUUAUUAAUAUUUAUUUUUAA